AUGCCUGGCGUGGCCUGCCUGCUGCCGCUGCUGCUCUGGCUGCUGCUGCUCGCGCUGGCUGCCUUCCUUGGGGACAUCGCCCUGGAUGAGGAGGACCUGAGGGCCUUCCAGGUGCAGCAGGCUGAGGACCUCAGGCAGCGUGCAACCCACAGGUCUUCCAUCAAAACUACAACACCAGGAAACUCUUCUACCCCCAACUGCCAGAGCACCAGUGGGCAGCCACAGAGGAGAAACCGUGGGAGAUGGAGAAGCAGGUCCCGGAGCCGGCGGGCAGCCACAUCCAGACCAGAGCGUGUGUGGCCUGAUGGGGUCAUCCCCUUUGUCAUUGGGGGAAACUUCACUGGCAGUCAGAGGGCAGUCUUCCGGCAAGCCAUGAGGCACUGGGAGAAGCAUACCUGUGUCACCUUCCUGGAGCGCACUGAUGAGGACAGCUAUAUUGUAUUCACCUAUCGACCCUGCGGGUGCUGCUCCUACGUGGGUCGCCGCGGUGGAGGCCCACAGGCCAUCUCCAUCGGCAAGAACUGUGACAAGUUCGGCAUUGUUGUCCAUGAGCUGGGCCACGUCAUUGGCUUCUGGCACGAGCACACGCGGCCAGACCGGGACCGCCAUGUCUCUAUCGUGCGUGAAAACAUCCAGCCAGGGCAGGAGUAUAACUUCUUGAAGAUGGAGCUCCAGGAAGUGGAGUCCCUAGGGGAGACCUAUGAUUUUGACAGUAUCAUGCACUAUGCCCGGAACACAUUCUCCAGGGGCAUCUUCCUGGACACCAUUGUUCCCAAGUACGAGGUCAAUGGGGUGAAACCUCCCAUUGGCCAAAGGACCCGGCUCAGCAAGGGGGACAUCGCCCAGGCCCGCAAGCUCUACAAGUGCCCAGCUUGUGGAGAGACCCUACAAGACAGCACAGGCAACUUCUCUUCCCCUGAGUACCCCAAUGGCUACUCCGCCCACAUGCACUGCGUAUGGCGUAUCUCAGUCACACCUGGAGAGAAGAUCAUUCUGAACUUCACGUCCAUGGACCUGUAUCGCAGCCGCCUGUGCUGGUAUGACUACGUGGAGGUCCGAGACGGCUUCUGGAGGAAAGCACCCCUCCGAGGCCGCUUCUGCGGGGGCAAACUCCCCGAGCCUAUUGUCUCCACCGACAGCCGUCUCUGGGUCGAGUUCCGCAGCAGCAGCAACUGGGUCGGGAAGGGCUUCUUUGCCGUCUAUGAAGCCAUCUGUGGGGGAGAUGUGAAGAAGGACAAUGGCCACAUCCAGUCACCCAAUUACCCUGAUGAUUAUCGGCCCAGCAAAGUCUGCAUCUGGCGGAUCCAGGUGUCUGAGGGCUUCCACGUGGGCCUCACCUUCCAGUCCUUUGAGAUCGAGCGCCAUGACAGCUGUGCCUACGACUACCUGGAGGUGCGUGAUGGGCACAGUGAGAGCAGCACCCUCAUCGGGCGCUACUGUGGCUACGAGAAGCCGGAUGACAUCAAGAGCACUUCCAGUCGCCUCUGGCUCAAAUUCGUCUCUGACGGAUCCAUUAACAAAGCUGGCUUUGCUGUCAACUUUUUCAAAGAGGUGGACGAGUGCUCACGGCCCAACCGCGGAGGCUGCGAGCAGCGGUGCCUCAACACCUUGGGCAGCUACAAGUGCAGCUGUGACCCUGGGUAUGAGCUGGCCCCGGACAAGCGCCGCUGUGAGGCUGCCUGUGGUGGAUUCCUCACCAAGCUCAACGGAUCCAUCACCAGCCCAGGCUGGCCCAAGGAGUACCCCCCUAACAAAAACUGCAUCUGGCAAUUGGUGGCCCCUACCCAGUACCGCAUCUCCCUGCAGUUCGACUUCUUCGAGACGGAAGGCAAUGACGUGUGCAAGUAUGACUUCGUGGAAGUACGCAGUGGGCUCACGGCUGACUCCAAGCUACAUGGCAAGUUCUGUGGUUCCGAGAAGCCCGAGGUCAUCACCUCCCAGUACAACAACAUGCGUGUGGAGUUCAAGUCUGACAACACCGUCUCCAAAAAGGGCUUCAAGGCCCACUUCUUCUCAGACAAGGACGAGUGCUCCAAGGAUAACGGCGGCUGCCAGCAAGACUGCGUCAACACCUUCGGCAGCUAUGAGUGCCAGUGUCGCAGUGGCUUCGUCCUACAUGACAACAAACACGACUGCAAGGAAGCCGGCUGUGACCACAAGGUGACAUCCACCAGCGGCACCAUCACCAGCCCCAACUGGCCUGACAAAUAUCCCAGCAAGAAGGAGUGCACCUGGGCUAUCUCUAGCACCCCUGGCCACCGGGUCAAGCUGACCUUCAUGGAGAUGGAUAUCGAGUCCCAGCCUGAGUGUGCCUAUGACCACCUGGAGGUGUAUGAUGGCCGUGACGCCAAGGCCCCCGUCCUGGGCCGCUUCUGUGGGAGCAAGAAGCCUGAGCCUGUCCUGGCCACGGGCAGCCGCAUGUUCCUGCGCUUCUACUCCGACAACUCCGUCCAAAGGAAGGGCUUCCAGGCAUCCCACUCCACAGAGUGUGGAGGCCAGGUUCGGGCAGAGGUGAAGACGAAGGAUCUUUACUCCCAUGCGCAGUUUGGUGACAACAACUACCCUGGGGGGGUGGACUGCGAAUGGGUCAUCGUGGCAGAGGAAGGAUAUGGCGUGGAGCUGGUGUUCCAGACCUUCGAGGUGGAGGAAGAGACAGACUGUGGCUACGACUACAUGGAGCUCUUCGAUGGCUAUGACAGCACAGCCCCCAGACUGGGGCGCUACUGCGGCUCAGGGCCUCCUGAGGAGGUGUACUCGGCCGGAGAUUCUGUCCUGGUGAAAUUCCACUCAGAUGACACCAUCACCAAAAAAGGCUUCCACCUGCGGUUCACCAGCACCAAGUUCCAGGACACACUGCACAGCAAGAAAUGA